AUGAUUGAUAAAAUGUGUGGAGAGAUUGGUAAGAAGAUGGAUGAAGAUCCAGAUAAUGCUAGGCCUAAAGUUGGCAAAUUGCUAAAGGAUAAUGUCGAAAUAGAUAUAACAAAGCCACUGAAGAGAGGUACUUGGGUACUCACGACAGCAUUAGAAGAGAAAUGAGUGAUAUAUCACUAUGAGAAGCAACCUAGAAAAAUCUGUCCUCAAUGUUUUGUUAUUCAGCAUAAUGAUGAAAGGUGUGAGGAAUACGCGGGCCAGCAUCGUGUAUUGAGGAUAACAACUGAACAAUGGAAUAAACACUAUGAAGAGAACAAAAAUCUCUUAGAGGGUAUGGAUGAAGUUUUGGACGAACAAGUCAGUGGUAAGGAAGUAUCUCAUUUUGUUGGGCUUACUGAUAAUGUUGUGCUUGAUAAGUCCACAGUUACUGAAGAAGACCAAAAAAGGUGUAAGAGAUCCAUAAACGAUGAUUCUCUUUCAUCGUUCUCGAAGUGAAAAUCUACAGCUGAAAAUUCUACAACAUAUGAAAACCCCCUCUAUCAAACCCAGAUCCCAAACCAAAUUGUUUCCCAAAUCAAUACAAAGGGUAACGCUUAUCACACAAAGGAAGCUGAUGAUUCUCUGUUAGAAUGUCGUAUGAGCAUGGAAGGCAUGGAGGAAGAAAGGGAUGGUGGAUCGUAUGUUGGUCAAGUAGCUUCUGGAGUUGCACAACUUACUGCAAAUCAAUUGUUGACGAUGCAUGCAAUUGGAGAGCAGCGGGUUGCGUUCCAGGGGUAGCUCAAGACGCUGAAAAAGCAGAAGCAUUGGCAGCUUUGGAAGGGAUAAAAUGGACAGUGGAGCAUCAAGUCCUCAAUCUACAGCUUGAAGGAGACUGUAUCAAUGUUGUGAAUGCGAUUAAUGGGUGGAAUGGAGCAGUAAAAUGGACAACAAAUAGUAUUAUUUUGGAUUGUUUAGAACUUCUUAAAUGUUUUAAUAAGUGGGAAUGUGUUUAUGUCCCUAUAAAAACUAAUGAGGUUACGCACCUUCUGGCAAAAGAUGCAAAUCUUGUUGAAAGUUCCAUGUUCUGGCAUGAGGAGUUACCUUUAUUGCUAUCCUCAAUAAUAUCAGAAAAAUUUGAUGUAUCACAGUGA